AUGCGAAUUUUGAAUGUGGCAGAAAAGCCUUCGGUAGCAAAGUCACUUGCAGAUAUUCUCUCUGGUGGGGCUGCAAGGCCCACUAAGGGGCUUAAUAAGUACUGUUCUGUAUUCAGAUUUGAUGGGCAGGUUGAGGGAGCACAGUGCCAAAUGGUAUUUACAAGCGUGCUUGGUCAUCUGUAUUCUCUGGAGUUUGAAAGGAAAACCAGCUGGACAGAAAUAGAUCCAAGCGAGCUGUUUGAGGAUAAAUUAAAGUGGUCUAUUCCAAGCACCAUGGAGGGAGUUUUUAAGACAAUAAAGCAGCUUAGCACUGAGUGUGACAUGCUUAUCAUCUGGACAGACUGUGAUAGAGAGGGAGAAAACAUAGGCAUGCAGGUAGCAAAUGUGGUGAAGGACAGAAUUCAGCGGGUAAAGCGCGCAAGAUUCUCUGGGCUAAGUAGGUACGAUGUAAUGCACGCGAUGGAGAAUCUUGGAGAGCUGAACAUAAACGAGUCAAAGGCAGUGGAGUCUAGGAUAGAGAUAGAUCUGCGAAUUGGCGCUGCGCUGACAAGACUACAAACACUUCAGCUGCAGAACAUCAUUGAGGCAAAGUCUGUCAUCAGCUAUGGCAGUUGCCAGAUUCCUACGCUUGGGUUUGUCUGUGCAAGAGAGGAGAGCAUUGAGAAUUUUGUCGAGGAAAAAAACUGGACAAUUCAGGCAGAUGUGCAGCACAAUGGAGAGAAAGGUGUGUUUAAGUGGGAAAGAGGGCUGGUGUAUGACGAGGAAUAUGUAAAUAUCAAGCUGGGUGCAGUCAGUGGGGCAGAUCUCAUAGUGAGCAAGAUAGAAACAAAGAAGAGGUACAAAUCUAGGCCGUGGCCGCUCAGGACAGUUGAGCUGCAGAAAUUCUUUGCGCGGGGGAAGAGUGUGGCCAAUUCCCACGAGCUCAUGAAUAUCGCAGAGUCACUGUAUACAUCGGGAUACAUUAGCUAUCCCAGAACAGAGACGGAUGCAUUUCCAAGCAACUUCAACUCAAAGGAUCCAAUGGCAGCACUAAAAGGAGACUCCGUACUUGGUGAGUAUGCGAAAAACCUGAAGCCAGGAGUGCCUUCAAAGGGCAACCACAAUGACCAGGCGCAUACGCCAAUAUACCCUCUCAAGUCUGGAUCUGCGCUGAAUGGAAAGGAGCGGUCUGUUUAUGAGUAUAUAGCAAGGCGGUUCCUAGCCUGCUACAGCGCAAAUGCAGAGGGAGAGGAGGAGCUGAUUGAGUGCCAGAUAAACGGAGAAACAUUCAUACGGAAGACCCUGAAGGUCACAAAGAAGAACUAUCUUGAGGUGUUUAUAUACGAAAAGUGGGGAGACACUGAGGGCGAUCUGGGCCUAAAGAAGGGGCAGAAGGUGCCGUGGACCCCAAGCAAAAAAGACUCGCACACAGAAAAGCCGCACUUUCUCACAGAGGCAGAGCUAAUUGCAAAAAUGGAUGGCAAUGGGAUUGGAACGGACGCUACCAUACACGACCACAUUGAAAGAAUCAAGGAAAGAAAGUACGUUGAGGUGGUUAACAAAAACUCAAUAAAGAGCACAUGGCUUGGGCGCUCUCUCAUCAACGGGUACAAAAGCAUUGGGCUGACGAUCAGCGAGCCUCAGCUAAGAAAGGAGUUUGAGUGCAAUCUUAAGAAGGUAUGCAGCGGCGAGCUUUCAGCAAAGAGUCUUAUUGACCAAGAAAUCACCAAGUAUAGAGAAAUAUAUGCGGCAAUUGAGAAGAAUAUGCCAAAAUUUAAGGAAGAGUUUUCCAAGAAUAAAAGUGAUUUCAGCGAGAAGGACCCCGAUCUAGAAAUGGGCGCCUCCAAGCCAUUUGCGUACAAACAAAAUACAUCUAGCUACUCGAAGGGAUAUACACCAAAGAGUGCAUAUCAAAAAAAAGAAGCAGUGUAUGAACGAAAGGAAAGCCCAGGAUACAAGCCGCGGCGGGAGUAUGCACAAAAAGACAGCAGAGAAUCAAAAAAGACAAAGCCAAAUAAAGAGCCCCCCACAUAUACAAACUACAAAAGCUCUUUCCAAACCGCGCUGGAUAUAAACAAGAACAACAUUAACGGGCGGGAUGUGCAUGAUAUUAUGAAACAGAAAGACACUUACCAGAGCCACAGUAUAAGUGAAAAUGCUGGAGAUAACUCAUUUGUGCGCAGUCUUCCAAAGGGAACCGUUGUGUGCAGCUGUAAUGUGAAAGCAAAAGAGCUGAUGGUGAAAAAAGAUGGCCCAAAUAAAGGCAAGAUUUUUUACACAUGCGCAGCAAGGCAGUGCGACUAUUUCAUGUGGAAAGACCCCGCAGAGAAGAAUAGAUGA